GACAUGUUCCCCAUCGCCCAAUUUUGUCCCUUGACCACCCCUCAAUCUUUCUUUGUAGUCUAUCUUUUGCUUCUCUUAUUCUUUGUGUCAUUUGUGCAGAAACCAUGGUCAACAUUCGACCGGCAUAAGAGAAACCAUGUCCUGUCAAAGAUACCCGGUCCCAAAAUGGCAUCAUUCACUCGGGUGUGGAUCCUGAAGAACGUCUACAGCUACAGUCUAGCAGAAAAAUGCGCAGAAACCGCGAGGACUUAUGGGAGCGUUGUCCGAAUAGGGCCCAAUCACGUCCUUAUUAGUGAUCCUGCGGACAUCCGAAAAGUUCUAGCUGUAGGUUCAAGCUACACACGGGGGCCUUGGUUCGAUGCACUUCGAUUGCAUCAUGAUGAGACGAACAUAGUCUGCGAGAGGGACCCUGAAAGACAUCAACGGAAGCGGAAUAUCUACAGCGCCGCGCUGUUGGGAAAGGGCAUGCAAAAAUUUGAGUCCACCAUCGAUGAGCAUGUCCGGACUUGGAUGGAGCAAAUCCAUGAACAACACAUACCUAACAGCAAAGUUGCGUGCGACAUUAUAACAAGCUUCAGGUAUCUAGCUGUCGAUGCGGUCUCUCAUCUUAUUCUUGGAACCCCUUUCGGGAGCCUCAAGGCCAAGACAGACGUGCAUAAAUUCAUUGAAGUUUUCAACGCCGGGACUAGGGUGCAGACUUGUCUUUCUGUGAUACCGGAGUUGAAGAGUCUAUUAGUCAUGCUCUCCCAUAUCCCGGUACUAGGCGGGUUUCUUGCUCCGGUACCUGGUGAUGGAACACCAAUUGGCACGGUACUUGCUGCCAUUCAGGAUCCUGUCAAAGAGCGAUUCGCCAAACGUGGACCGAGGGUCGAAAUGCUUGACUCAUUUAUAGAGCGUGGGUUAGUGGAGCAGGAGGCGAUUGGAGAUUUACUGCUUAUUUUGAGUGCAGGUGUGGAGACUACCACCAACGCCCUUGGAGCAAUCAUUUAUCUCAUAGUCUCGACUCCAGGGGUCCAAUUGAAACUCCAAAAAGAGAUCAAGAGCCUCGCCCUUUCGGAUGACGCUUUCCCCGCUAGGGAAUCGACUAUUAAACGGGCACCCUACUUCCGGGCUUGCGUAUCUGAGGGUUUGCGCUUGUACCCACCCUCGUUCCAGCUCCGGGAAAGAAUGGCACCACCUUCGGGCGACACACUGGGCGGUUACUUCAUUCCUGGAGGUACCUUCAUUGGCAUCAACUCCAAAGCUGCUCAGCUUAACGAUGUCUUUGGUAAAGACGUCGAGGUCUUUCGUCCAGAAAGGUGGCUGGCAAGCGAUUCAGAGCGAACUACGUCCAUGAAACGGAACUUGGAACUCGUAUGGAAUCAUGGAAGCACAAAAUGCUUGGGCAUGAACAUUGCGACAAUGGAGCUUACCAAGUGCAUUUUCGAGGUAAGUUAUUUAGGGUAG